AUGAGUACUCAUGGCACCCCAGGCUCGAACCCGUCUCCCAUAGAGGAGACCGAUCGACCGAUCGGGGAAGGCCAACCAUGGGUGAACAAUGAUGAGCCAGACGGUGCCGAUUCUUGGAAGUCCGCUACCGAGGAGAUUCCUUCUGUCACCUGUAAAACAGCCAAAGACAAUACCUGGCCACCCCUCCUGGACUUGGCCCAACCCGAACAGAUCUACACGGACCCCCUCUUCGAGCAACACUUCGUUAAUCAAUUUGUCCGGUCUGUCACUACAGCGCGCUUCGCUACCUAUCCAGCUUGCCCGCAAUCGUGGCUCUUGGAGUUGCCCAACUUCUUAUCGAUGGAAGUCGUGCCGUCAUUGAAGUAUGCCAUCAGGGCUGCUGCUCUGGUCUAUUUUGCAGUCGCACAUCGCCACAAACAGGCCGAAAUGGACGCCAUGCGCUGGUAUUCGGCCGGUCUAGAAUGCCACCGUGCUACACUUCAGCAAUCUCGCGCCCAAGCUGCGGCCGAAAGUGGAUCAGAUGGCAAAUUCACGAACUUGCUUCCAUCCUAUUUGGUCAUUUGUGUGCCACUGCUGUUUCAAUACUUUGAGACGAUGAGGGAAGUUACAGCGGAUGUACGAUCCACGCAUUAUACCGCGGCCGCUGAAAUAAUCCGAAGCAGAGGCCCCUUUGACUGUCGCGCUGGGAUCGGACAUCGAAUAUUUCGGUCAAUGCGGCAUUAUGAAGCCUUUCACUCUAUCUGGCAGAAUCGACCCUCGUGGUUCGAUUCAUCAGACUGGAGUACUAUACCCUUCACUUACCACCCUAAGAUAUUUCCGGACUUGCUCAUUGAUAUCCUUCUCUCCUUCUCGCGCGAACUGCAGCUUCCCUCUCAGAAACCUGGCGAAACGAUACGAGAUCGCAUUCGAAACCUAUCCGCUCUAAGUGCGGACGCUAAGUGCCAAAUCAAAAGGGAUGUCUUAGUGCUCAUGUCCAAGCUACAAGACUGGCAGUGGCAUUUCUCACAAGUUAAUGGCGUCUUGCCGCAAUCCUCCGACAGCCCUAUUCCGACCACCACAAUGCCGUCUGAAGAUGAGUAUCCACGAGAAAUUGACUCAAAUAUUACCUCGACCAAAGAUCCAUACCGCGACACUUUCACCUCAUAUUGCAUCGCAGUGUAUAGUGCCGCCAUGAUCAUCCUUCACUCCAUCCUCUUGGUCAUUGCCGUAUCAAAUCCCGCUCCUGUGAAUUUUGACUCGAUAUCUCCAACUCCCCGUCACCGGUCCGCGAUCACCUCUUAUUCAGCUUCCGUUCUCCAGGUCGCAACGUACCAAAGGCUGGUGAACCCCUACUGUGGUGACUCUGUACGCACACUCUCCGCUGUGAAGGUCGUUGCAGCCCUAGCGGUGGAAGACCAACAGCGGCACCGAGCUUGCGAACUCGCCUGCAACUGGCGCUUUGGCACCCCCGAACAAGAUUCGUUUUCUCUGUCGAACUUCACUUGA